AUGACAAAUUCCAUCAUCAUUCUUUUUCUAUUCAUCUUUUCUUCUUCAGCCUUACUUAUAACUCCAAGUAACCAAGCAGAUUUACUUUCAUUGCUAGCUUUCAAAGAAGCUAUAGACGUCGAUCCAAACGGAGCUCUAAACUCAUGGAAUCGAACUACAAACUUUUGCACGUGGGACGGAAUCACAUGCGGUCGUAAGCACACCGAUAGAGUUGUUGGCAUAAAGUUGGAUUCUCAAGGCUUGACUGGAUCACUAUCUCCUCAUAUAGGUAAUCUCUCAUUCCUUAGAGAAAUCAAUCUCCAAAACAAUAGCUUCAAUGGCCGAAUUCCUCAAGAAAUCGGCCUUUUAAGACGACUCGAGUAUAUAGAAUUUAGCAACAAUUCUUUCAUGGGAAGAAUAUUGCCUGAAAAUAUUUCCCAAUGGAAAAAUCUAGUUUAUCUUAACUUGAUCGACAACAACCUCACCGGGCCCAUACCUCCGGGGAUCCGUUUUUUGGAGAAACUAGAAGCUCUAGGCUUGGGUGACAACAAAAUUUCAGGAGCUAUCCCUCAAUAUGUCGGAAACCUAACAUCUCUGAGACAACUUUCUUUAAGGUCUUGCGACUUGAACGGAGAAAUUCCCGAAUCCUUGGGCCAACUUCAGAAACUAAGACUUCUUAAUUUGGGUGACAACAAUCUCACAGGCACCAUUCCUCCAAGUUUCUUCAAUAUAUCUACUAUUAGGAGUAUUGCAAUUAAUAAUAAUGGUCUUCAUGGAUCCAUACCCUCUACUAUAGGCCACACUCUCCCUAAUUUACUACUCCUUUAUAUGGCUUGGAAUCAACUCACCGGGCGUUUUCCGGUUUCAAUCUCAAAUGCUUCCUCUCUUCAAUUGUUAGAUUUUCCUUUCAAUCACUUUAGUGGUCCCUUGCCAAGUUUCGAAGGGCUUUCACAAUUACAAUUCUUGUACGCUGCGAAAAACAACAUUGAAGAUGAUAUUAGCUUGAUUGUUUCGUCGUUGACAAAUUGCACAAACUUACAAGGUCUUGAUCUUAGUCAAAAUCCGUUGAGUGGUUCAAUACCAGAAACCGUAGGCAAUCUCUCGAUCCACCUUGAUCAUAUAGGGCUUGCUCAUACAUUAAUACAUGGAAAAAUCCCGUAUGGUGUAGGAAAUCUUGUUGGUCUCACUUACUUGUAUCUUAAAAACAACAAUCUUGAAGGUCCUCUACCUUUGAGUAUCGGGAAACUUUCUAAUUUGGGUAUUCUCUACUUGGGAGAAAAUAGAUUCGCGGGCGAAAUACCAUCCAUAUUCGGAAACUUGAGCUUGUUGACUAAUUUGUACAUGCAAGGAAACAACUUUUCUGGGGCUAUACCUAAGAGUAUCGGUAACUGCUCUAAGUUGCUAGGAUUAUAUCUUUCACGUAAUAAUCUUAGUGGCCUCAUACCCCAAGAGCUUAUGAAUCUUUCCUCGAUUUCUAUUUCCUUAGAUCUGUCUUACAAUGAGUUUACGGGUUCGAUUCCGGUUGAAGUUGGAUCUCUGAGAAACCUAGCAAGCUUAGAUUUUUCCAACAAUAGAUUGUCCGGACUUAUUCCAAACUCUUUAAGAACGUGCAUUAGCUUGGAACGACUUUACUUGCAGGGUAAUUUAUUCGAAGGACAAAUACCUCAGGGACUAAGUUCUUUAACGGGCUUACUCGAUUUGGAUCUUUCACGGAAUAAUUUAUCCGGGACAAUCCCACUUUUCUUCGGUACUCUACGUCUCCAACAAUUGAAUCUCUCUUUCAAUAUGUUGCAAGGACAAGUGCCGACGACUGGAGUGUUUAAAAAUAAGACUGCAAUUUCUAUACAAGGAAACAAAGACUUGUGUGGAGGAGUUCCUGAGUUGGAACUUUCUCUUUGCACUUCUUCAUCGGUUUCCUCGAAGAAGAAAAACUUAUCUACUCCACUCAAAAUCGCGAUCCCAUUAAUAGUAGGAGUUGCAGCAAUUAUGUGCCUCGUCGUCGUUUUUCUUCAUCGAAGAAGAGCAUCCAACAAAAGUCCGCCUUCUCCAGAAUUAUUGCCCGGCAUCCCUUUCUUGAGGCUUUCAUAUUCCGAUCUACUUAAAGCAACGGGCGGAUUUGCCGAGACUAGCCUAGUAGGUGUCGGAAGUUUUGGGUCUGUUUACAAAGGCAUUCUUGACGACGGGCUGAAAACGAUCGCUGUGAAAGUGCUAAAUCUUAUGGUGAAAGGGGCUUCGAAGAGCUUCAUGGCGGAAUGCAAUGCGCUUAGAGAGAUAAGACACAGAAAUCUCGUGAAAAUAUUGAGUGUUUGUGAAAGCAUAGACUUCCAAGGAAACGACUUCAAAGCGAUUGUCUAUGAGUUUAAGGCUAACGGAAGUUUAGAUAAGUGGUUGUACUACAAUGACGAACAAGAACAAGAAUCCGAUGCAAGAGAUAGAAACCUUUGUUUUAUUCAGAGGCUCGAUAUUGCGAUUGAUGUUGCUCAAGCACUCGAGUAUCUCCAUUGUGGUACUGAUUCGGUAAUUGUUCAUGGCGAUUUGAAGCCGAGUAACAUUCUCUUGGAUCAAGAUAUGACGGCUUUUGUCGGUGACUUUGGAUUGUCCAAGAUUAUUUCAAGCAUAAUUCCAACGCACGAGAGUAGCAACACAAUCGGGAUAAAGGGUACUUUCGGAUAUGUUCCACCAGAAUAUGGGAUGAGUAACUUGGUCUCGACGAAAGGGGAUAUAUAUAGCUACGGUAUACUUGUCUUGGAGAUUUUUACAAAUAGAAGACCGACGGAUGACUCGUUUAAUGAGCAUGUCAAUCUUCAUAAUUUCGUUAGUGCUGCAUUGCCGGAUCGUGUAAUGGAAAUUGUGGCUCCUCUCAUUCGAAUUGGCUCGGACGACAUGGAUAAUAGAAACGCCGAGAGAUAG